AUGGAACUCGAGUGCGACGACCGUGCGAAGCGAGGCACGUCGCGUGCUGAGCGCCUAGCCAUGCUUGAGUUCUUACGCAUUCCGGACAACUUUGCGUUGAUGACUGGCCAGGCCACCAAAGGAAAAUACGAUGCGUUCUCAUCGUACAAGAAAGCGCUUCGUUGGUGCGGCCCGAACAACAGCGGUCGAGUUGACGAGCCUAGUGAUUGUGAUGAGUCCUUCGUGUCCGAUUACAAGUCCAACGGCAAUACCGAUGCUGUUGACGACACCGAACCAGGAAUGGAUAACGACCCCGACGACCCCGACAAUGAAGAGCCUCCUCGUCACUUCCCGGCAACGGAAAAGCGACUCACACCACAGAAGGAUUUCCUGUCAAUCUACAUGGACCUCGUCGAAGCAACCGAGCGCGCGUUGCAAGGAGAGCGACAAACAGAUCUCAGUCGCAUCUACAAUGUGCCAUACCGUACGUUCAAGCUCUACAUCAAGAAGAUGAGAGACACCGGCAGCAUCGUUAAUUGCAAUGUCCGGUACGAUGAAAAUUGA